AUGGCCCUGAACCUCGCUCGCAGGUUCCCCAUAACAGUCUGGAACCGCAGCCCAUCGAAGUACCCGCCGUUAACAAAAUACGGCGCAAACGUCGGCGACAGCCCGGCAGCAGUGGCAAGGCAAUCCGAAGUCAUCUUCACGAUGCUGUUCGACGGACCGGCCCUGACCUCGAUCCUGGAAGACGAAACUUUCACAGCGGCCCUCCGCGGGAAGACUCUCAUCAAUACGAGCUCCGUCACCGUGGACACCAGCGAACGUGUUGCGGACCAGAUCCGGAAAGCCGGGGGCCACUUCGUCGAGAUGCCGGUCAGCGGCAGCAAGAUUCCCGCCGAGCAGGGCAAGCUGGUGGGGUUGAUGGCCGGCGACCCGGCCGCGGCGGAGAAGAUGCGGCCGUUCGUGGAACCCCUGACGUCCGCCGCCGUGUACUGCGGGCCCGUGGGCUACGGCCUCAAAACCAAGUAUGCGGUCAACCUGUUUCUGAACAACCUCACCGCCGGGCUGGCGGAGUCGUUCAGCCUGGCCCGCGCGCAGGGGCUCGACCUGGAGGCCUUUGGCAAGGUGCUCGACGCCGGGCCGAUGGCUUCGGCCUACUUUAAGAUCAAAGUCGCCAAGCUACUCAAUGGCGACUGGUCGCCGCAGGCGUCCGUCAAGGAUUGCUUCAACAGCACGCAGCUCAUCGUUGAGGCCGCAAGGCAGGCAAACGUGAGGGCGCCGUUUGCGGAGCUGUGUGUUGCCGUGUACGGGGAGGCGAAGGAUGUUGGUCUAAGCGAGGAGGACAUGAUAGCUGUUUACAAAGUUUUUUCCAAGUGA